UGUUGUGCCCCUCAUGGUCAGCGCUCAGGAAUUAAAAUGCAUGCUCUCUCUCAUUGCCUGGGAGCGAGUAACGGCGAGGAGAAACUAUUCCCAUCCUCCUCCUUCGCAGAAAAACGCACGGAUGCGUGCGUCUUGUUCCAGCAGGGCAGAGCACUCGCGGUGUUUUCACGUUAAAAAAAAAAAAAAGAUAGCUGUGAUGUGGUGUGAGGUUGCCAGUUUGGAGCUUGUUUUCUCCCUUAAAUUGGGACCCUUCAAGCUGUGACGGGGCUGAUUUGCUCGCGUUUCGCUCUCCGUGGAGCUGCCGCCACACCGCACGGAAAUAACGGGACUUCACUCGCAGCCCGGGCUCCACUUUGAGGGUUAUUAGGAGGCAUUGAACUGUCUGCAGAUGACACCCUGAACCAGGGUCAUUCCCUCAGCUCCUCUUUGCAACACUGCUGAACUGUGUGGAUCAUUAAAGAAUGCAUGACACAUCAGUCACUGACCUCACAGAGUCAACAUGUGAGCGGUCAGUAAAACUGGCUGAAUCUGACUAACCAGGAGGCAUCAAGCUGACAGAACAGUGGACUUACCUUCCUGUGGUUUAGAUGAGUCUGCAAAGAAACCACAUUGAUGGAUUUCAUUAAGGACAUACAUGUUCUGUGUUGUCUGAAAAAUAAGAACAGGAUAUGCUCAUUGGACAGAAGUGAUAUGUUUGAGCCUCCUGCACCAUGCAGUCAACAGGGUUGCUUUUUUCUCACACUUUCGGGACUCUAAAUUUAUCAUGAUGCUAUUUUUGUCCAUUGCAUUCCCAAAGUUCCCAGCCAACUGAAUUUGACGGUGACGACAUGUCUCUACCCAAGCAGAGGAAAAUCCGGACUUUUGCUCUGCUGUUCUGCGUCAUUACAUUUACGACGUUCCUGUUCAGUUACACUUUCCGGGACCCCUCACUCUACUUCUUCAAGUACGCUUUUCGUCUGUCGGACAACUUUUUCUCCAAAGGGCUAUGCGCCUGUCGCCAUUGCAUGACGGAGCUGGAGGACGACCCCUGGUUUGCCGAGCGCUUCAAUCAGUCCAUCCACCCUCUGAUGACCAGGGAGAACAGCAUCCUCUCCGAUGAAACCUUUAAAUGGUGGCAGUGGUUGCAGUCAGAGAGGCAGCCGGCCAAUUUCAGCAGAGUGGUGGAGGAGCUGUUCCAAGUCAUCCCUGAUGAGGUGCUCUACAUGGACACCAGCCCAGAGCGCUGCAGGACCUGUUCCGUGGUGGGGAACUCUGGGAACCUGAAGGGCUCCCAGUACGGCGGCCUCAUCGACUCCAGUGAUUUGAUCAUAAGAAUGAACCAGGCUCCCACCACUGGUUUUGAGAAGGAUGUGGGUGCCAGAACAACACAUCAUGUUAUGUACCCAGAAAGUGCCAUAGACCUGGACAACACCACCAGUCUGGUGCUGAUCCCUUUCAAGACUUUGGACCUACAGUGGAUCCUUAGUGCCCUGACAUCGGGUACCAUUAAACACACAUAUAUACCUGUUACGUCCAGGAUUAAGGCAAACAAAGACAAGGUGUUGAUUUACAGUCCCACCUUUUUCAAAUAUGUCUAUGAGUCUUGGCUCGAGGGUCAUGGACGAUAUCCUUCCACUGGCUUCCUCAGCUUAUUGCUUGCUAUCCACAUAUGUGAUGAGGUCAGCGUGUUUGGAUUCGGUGCAGACCAGUACGGAAACUGGCACCACUACUGGGAGGACAACCAUUUGGCCGGAGCUUUCCGACACACGGGAGUCCAUGAUGGCGAUUACGAAUAUAAUGUCACCCUGCUGCUGGCAGACAAACACAAAAUCCGAAUGUUUAAAGGCAGAUGAUACCAAGCCCAUAUGUGCAAUGGGAUGAUCACCAAGUGAACCUUUGUCUGUUUUUUUCUUCGUCUUAUGCUGAAAGACAUUCUCCUACUCUACACUACUGACAAACCAAUAGAGUUUUUGUCUCAAGACAAAAGCAACACUGCCACUGGUUUCAGCAUCCGUAAUCUAAACUCAGAUGCAUCUGGGAGUAAACAAGACAAGAGAAGAUGUCUUGUCAACAAGCAUGCAUACUUGCUAUACAUAAAAGCUUUAGUACUACGUAUAUACUCUGUAUGUUCUCUUUUCUAUAUAUGGUUAGCAUUGUGGCUAACAGAAGCUUUGUAUUAAUGGUCAUUGGCACAAAAUAAGCCCUGUUGACAGCAGUAGUCAAAGUGCCACAGUUUCUGAUGUAUAGACAUAGCAAGGGGGAUUUUGUGCAUCAGUUCAUCAUUGUAAUUCAUGCAGGAAGAGCGUCUCAUUGUCUGCUGAUCUAAAAUGUGUGUAUUGGAAGCAGUUCGACUCCAAACCUUUAAAGCAUUUUAAUGAGCUUGACAACAAAACGCACAACUGACUAUACUGUAAAUAUCACUCAAGUAUGAAUUAUCACCAUAUGCCAGUGAAGGCGUUUUGUAUUCUAAUAAAGACAGGUAUGAGAGAGAAUCAAAACUUUUUUCCAUCACACAGACCAAAUUCUCAUAAAGUACCUGCACUACCGAGCUACUUGUAUCUUGGAUGUCUGAUUGCAGCUGGAAAGCCAAGAGACACUUAAAAUCAAAUCCAAAAUCAGGCCCAAAGAAUAUACUUAACUAUAGUGUCACUUAGAUUUCCCACAGGGCCAUAGCCAGGGGUUUACAAAUGCUCAGCCUUUAAUUUCUCAAAUAGAUGGUCAAAAUUGUGUUUCAAAGUCCUCUCCAAAUUGCCAGAAAUUACAUUUUGAUAGGGAAAUAAUCUUUGGUAUAUAUAUUUUUUUGUUGUCGUCAAGUUUUGACAUAUGGAGUAAAAAAUACUAAAUACUAAUACUAAAAUCCAAAUCAUCUUCAUCAUUGCGUACAUCGAGAGCGUUGCUCUGGGGAUGGCAAUGUUGGUGGGCCAGUCGCUCCAGGAGAUAUUUAUAAUCCCCAGAGGAUGAACCCAAAUAAUUUCCCAAACCCUGCGACUUUUCCUCUAGCAAGUUGACAUUUGUGGUUUUCAGUGACAUUAUCUCAACAACUAUUGAAUGGAUUGCAGUGAAUUUUGAUACACAUUCAUGUCCCCCUCAGGAUGAAUGGUAACUAACCCUUUUCAUCUAACUCCAUCAUCAGGCCAAAAAUGCAAUUUUUUUGAGUUAUAUCCAAAUACCAGGCAAACUAAUGAGAUUCCCAUCAGCCUCUGUUGUUACUUACAUGGUGAACAUGGCAAACAUUGUAUCAUAGAUACAGCAACGUAGAUAUCUCAUUGGUCGCUUAUUGGGGAGGUCAAGAUCUAACAAUACUGAGAGAUACAGACUUCACUACAAAACUGUAACUUGCUUAAUUAAUUAAUUAAUUAACCAAUUUGAAUGAAAUGUGGUUUACUAGGGGUUAGGGGUCAGGAUUAGAAAGUGAACAUGAUAAUGGUUACUUGUUGGAAUGAAUUCAGUGACUGGGGGCAGAUCUAAUCUGCUUUAUGCCAAAACAUGAACCUUCUGAACAGCCACGACCUCCACUGGGACAUGCAGGCAACAUCAAGUAUGAAUUAGAUUGGAUUAGAUUUUUUUUCAGUCAGUUUCUCCAGUAGUGUAGAUUUCUAUAUCUAUCAUACUGUUACAAAGCCGCCUAGUUGCUUGUUUUUGUAUUUUGGUCGAUUAUCUACCACCAUUGCUAAAUCAGUGUUUGAGCAGACUUUUAAAAACUAGACAGAUUUAUUUCAUGGUAUUUUAGGUUUUAACCAGUCUAAUAAGGACAACCUUUGACUGAAUGUGUGCCUUGUAAGAUCAUCUUUAUUUUCUAGUAAACUUAAACCUACUGAUUCUUUGUUGGAUCCCUCUUUAGAAGCUUGUGGUGUUGACAAGAACUGUUCAAACCCAUUUUAUUUGAAAGAUUUUUUUAAUAUUGUCAAAUGUGCAAAAAUGCAAAAUAAACGCUUUUCUGUAUAAUUUCUGAAUAAUUUCUAAAAUUACAGAUGCAUAUGCAAAAAUGUGAAAUUUGUCUACAGGAACAGGGACUCUUGACUGUUGCCCUUCCCAAUAUGGCAACCAUGCAGACACACGUCAAAUCGAUAACGCAGUAUCUACGUUUCUAUAUCUAUGCAUUAUAGCUUUCACAUCAGCAUGUUGGCAUUGUAAUUGUGAGCAUGUUAGCAUGCUAUCAUUAGCAUUAAGCUCAAAGAAGUGCUGUGUCAGCCUCAGUACAGCCUCACAGAGCCGCUAUACUCUUAUUCUUCUUAUUCUUAGACUCCUAUUCUUGUUUGAAAUUUUGGGAAUUUAAACUCCCUCAAAGGUAGGAUCAAAACUGAAAGAAAUUUAGGAUUAGAAUUACGCAUCAUUUUUAUUCACAUCCUUUUAACCACAUGUGAGCAGGCUGUGAUGAAAAACGUGGUUUUGGGGUUGAUUUCUGGAAUGUUCGAUGGCCCUAAAGGGCUCUACUGGAGACCUGGAUCGAGAGUUGUGCUAUAGUAAAGCCAUUGAUGAGAUUUUCAUUACUCAUUGUUCUCAAAAAAAUGAAUAGAAAGGUUUUAAGUGCUUGAAAACAGCAGGUUCUUUAUAGACAUUCAUCAUGGGAACCUGACAUAUGAUACAGCCUAUACAGGGGUGCCUUAUCAUUAAAAUAAUGUUUUGUGCUUUUUUGAUGUACAUUGUGACAUAUAUUUUUCAUUAAAAGUAGGUGUUAAGUGCCUUUAAUGGGAGUUCUAAGACUUAAUUUCACCAUCAAAUUGUAGUGCUGUACUGUGAUUAUUCUCAUUAUUUCUAAAUUAAAAAACCUUUACCAGUUUAUGUUAUUGUUGUUUAUACAGUGUCAGUUUUAAAGAAUCAUAGGCAUGAUACAGUAAGAUUUUUUGUACAAGCCACAGAAGAAAAUGUUGGGUAUAUACAUGUAGGGUAUAUGUCAACAUCUUUGGCUGUGCAGGUUUGAUGAAACAUUGUUUUGUCCAGGCUUGAAAUUAUUAGCUUCACUUGCUGAACUUGUAGACAUGUGAAUACUGAAUGCUUUAUGACUUCAAGAAACACAGAAGCUCUUAUCUCCGUAUCAUCAGGAAUUGAGCUUGGUGGUGCUUAUCUAACAGGCUAUGAUUUGCUCCAUGUGCCUUGAAACAUAAUGGGACAUUUGCCCGGUCAGUGUCUUCAUGAUCGUUUUUUCCUCUGCAUGCGAGAGCAGGCUGAUAAGAAGAGAAGCCACAAUAUUUGUGCAAGUCAGAUAUAUCAGCCACCGUGAAGACGACAGCAGUGUACAUUUGUUCUGCAGGGGACACUGUCACCUAGUGGACAAGAACAUGUACCAGCAUUAACAGCACUUGAUUUGUCCAUUAUAUGACUUAUGUGGUGACUCUGUGUUAAGUGACACUUUUAAAACUGAACUCAUUGUUUAAUUUUCAAACAUUAAUACAACGUCUGUCAUUCACAUGUAUUUGAUCUACUCUUCCAUCCAGUUGAGGUCUUUAUUGUUGAAUUCAUUCCACAUAAAACCCAUUAAAGCAGCACCUUCAGAAAAGUCAAA